AUACGUGCACACACACAUACAAAGACAGACAGACAGAUACACACACACACUCACACACACACUCGCUAAUCUCGCUCCUCCAUGCAAACUCUUCGAAGUGCCGACAUCAUUUGCCUACCCGUUCAGUGCCAUCCAAAAUAGGAUACUUGCGCACAGUGUUCGGAUAUGAAGCCGAACGAUCGCUUGAAAGUAGCUUCGUUCAAGGGGCAGAAAAGUGUGUUUUCUCUCUGUUAUUAGUAACUAAACGAGCUAUAGUGCAAAGUGAGACUUGUUAACUCUCACGCGCGACCUUACGAGCGCUCCCAUCGAUCUGAGUCGAAGAUGGUGGGCGUGGGUGGCGUGGUGGAGGUGGGGGCGUGGUGCUUGUUGACGUGGGCGGCGGGCGUGGCCUGUCAGAGGGCGCCCUGCUACCAGUGUGAGUGGUACAGAGAGCGACACCCGCACUCCAGUCCCUACACUGCGAUCCGGGCCCACUGUGUGUACCCCUGCGGCUGUGGCACUGUGCCGGAGUGCGGACCAGGAGUUCCUCUGAUACGGGACGGGUGUGACUGCUGCCUACAGUGUGCCAGACAGGCAGAGGAACCCUGUGACGGUGCCACUCUGUGCGAUGCUUCAAAAAACCUCACGUGCGUCUACAACACCACCCAGGACCUCACGGGUAUCUGUCAAGAGGUACUGCCGGCCAGAUGCAGCGUCAACAACCGCACCUUCGAUGACGGUGAAUCCUUCAAUCUCGACUGUCGCACCCAGUGUACCUGUCAGAAUGGAACGUACGCCUGCGUGUCGCUGUGCCCCAGUGAAAGCAUCCUGCCCAGUGCCCAGUGCCACCACCCACACCUGGUAACAGUGCCAGGCCAAUGCUGCAGGGAGUGGAUGUGUGAUACAGACCCAGGUAAGGCUGUUGGACCUCCGGAGUGUGAGCGAGGGUCGGGAAAGUGGUCCAGGUGUUCACUACAGACUUGUGGCGCUGGUGUGUCUGUGCGUUGGUCCACUGACAACGCCCGCUGUCAGCUGGUCAACCAGACUCGUCUGUGUCAGCUGCGGCCGUGUCAGUACCCUCUUCAGCAGCAGCUGACGUCGCCACACCUCCAACCUGGAGCUCAACACCCAACCAGGAAACAUCACAUCAGGCGAGGACACACGUGUAAGGCAACGCAGAGACACGUCAACUGGGUGCGUCUCCGCGCUGGCUGGUGUGUGAGUGAACGUCGCUACCGACCCAAGGUUUGUGGCUCUUGUCCUGACCGCUGCUGCACCGUUCACACCUCCACCACCAUCUCCAUCGCCUUCCUCUGCCCGCUCCACGCCAACACCAACCUGCUGGCGGCCCCACACGCCGCCCACACCGGCUUGCCACUCCCACGCCCACGCCCAGAUGCUCACCCACCCUCCACACGCUCCCCUAGCGUGUAUGACAUGAUGGAUGAGGGUCAGCCAGUAGAAGAGGCUGUACUCUCCUACCCACAGCGGUCACAACACCCUUACAAAGUUCAGAAUGACGCUGACUUUACCUACGACAACUACCUGACCGAUGACACUCGUCAGUACAACGACGACGACCUCGACGACGAACUUUUACUGGAACACGAAAACCUGACUGUGGAAGACGACGCUGAGUUCGACGACAUAAAGAGCGACAAUUACGAGAUCGUUCACUAUCAGGUGGAGUGGAUAUUAAGGUGUAAGUGUAGCCCUACUUGCGACACCCACGACCCUGCCUACGACACCCACCCACCACCCACAACGACCCAACAUCCUGCAGAAACUCCCACGUAACCAGGAGGCGAUGUGGAAAGUCUACUGCAGACAUCGGCACUCAUCGCAGAAGAAAAACAGAACCUCGUGCCUCCUGUGGUCAAAAACUCCUUCAUAUGUAUCCCACAAACUAGAGAUGAUACAUAAACGAUGUUU